UCCUGGGGCGCCGCCUAUAAUAUUAUUUUAUAUUUUAAAGUUUAUUCAAUUUAAAACACCUAUCUUCGAAGAUGCCAGAAACCCAAGAAAACAUAUUUCUCUUUGUUCCCAAUAUCAUUGGAUUCGUCAGGGUCAUCUUGGCUAUCAUAUCCUUCUACUAUAUGCCGACGCAUUGCGUCUUCGCGGUGAUUUGCUACGUGACCUCGGCGCUGCUGGACGCCGUGGAUGGCCAUGCUGCGCGGUUCUUUAAUCAGAGUACUAAGUUUGGAGGAAUGUUAGACCAGCUAACUGACCGCGCUGGCACUGCAGGCCUCAUGAUGACCCUCGCCACUUUCUACCCCAAGUACACCUUCUGGUUCCAAAUCUCCAUGGCCAUCGACAUCACUUGCCACUGGCUCUACCUGCACUCGGUGACUGUCCAGGGCAAGGCUUCGCACAAGCUGAUUGACAUGUCUGGGAACCCCAUCAUGCGGCUGUACUAUACCAACAAGAAUGUGCUUUUCUUCAUGUGUGCUGGGAACGAAGCAUUCUAUGCGGCUCUGUAUGUUAUGUACUUUUACACUGGCCCUACAGUUCUCGGAAUCGGCCUGUACAAGCUCAUUGCUCUGGUCUCCAUGCCAGUGGCGGUGGUGAAGGCAGCCAUCUCCGUCCUCCACGGCAUCGUGGCGGCCAUGAACAUCGCCUCGCUCGACCGCGCCGAGCGCGCCGCGGCCGCCCAGAAGCAGGACAAGGCUAAUUAAGCUAAUAACUAGUUGUAGUUUGGCCAGCCAU